GACGCUGCUGGCGAAUCGCAUCGCAUUCCAAUGUGAGCGAAAUGUAACCGAGCGGGCUUUAUGUUUCCAAGUCGUCCUCAGCCGCAAUUUGAAGGAAUAAAAUGUCCAACUUGGUGGAGUCCAACUCUUGCCCUGACGGCUACAGGGCUUUAAGUACAAGUGAGCUGCGGGAGCUUUUGCAAAACGACGACAAAAUGGAUCAAAUCAUUCGACUCAAUGAGAAGUUUCAGGAGCUGCAGGUGGACAGAGAGUCUCUGCUGGCCUCCAACCGGAGCCUUGCCGAGGAGAGCCUCGCACGGCGACCCCGCCUUAAUAAUGGCAAACUCCAGCUGGCUGAGAAAUACCGGGAACUGUCCAACCUGACAACCGCAUGCUGGGAAAAACAGAGUCAGCUUGACGCUCAUGUCCAGAAGCACAGCCUGCAGACAGCGCAGAACCUCCUGCAGGAAGAGGUGGCACGUGCAGAGGAGCGUUCGGAGGAGCUGCUGGAGAAGUUCAUGGAAGGGAAUAUAACCUUGGAUGAGUUCUUGGACUCCUUCCAAAGUUCUCGAAAGGCCUAUCAUAUCCGCCGGGCUCAGGUCGAGAAGAUUCAAGAGAUUGCCCAAGCUAAAUGGCAGCCAGGCAAAAUGAAAAAAGCAGAGGAGCAGGAGAACAAGGUCCAAGAGGUGAAGAAAGACUCAGAGCAGCCCCAGGAGCCUCAACAGCGGCCCAACGGCUUCGUGGCCCAGGGCCCUCUCCGAGUCUUCCAGCUGCGCUACGGCCUCACUCCGGCCAUCCUGCUGCCACAUUACCCCGUCUCGCCCCCCGCCUCGGCCCCAGGCCAUCAAAGUAGCACACCUCUACCUGAAUCCCCGUUAGGACAAACCCACAUCCUCAGCCCCAGCACCCCGCUCCCUGGACACGGCCAGCCGGUCGGCCUCAGGGUCAUCGGACAGUUAUCGGGCGGCUGGCCGGCUAACGGGCGGCCGGUGCGGGUGCAGCAGCUUUACAGGCCGAACCCUCAACAGCCCGAGCCGCCGUACCGAUAACUCGGCUGGGGGACAAAGACAAAGAGCCGGCCAAGAGGUCUUCCAAGAUGUGGAACCAAACAGUGGCUGUCAGACUCAUGCAAGCAAAGACAGACCCAGAGGCAGCACUGCAGACUUCUACUUGUGUUCUUCAUCCAUGACACACAAACGCAAACAUGAGAUACAAGGGAAAUCCAUCAAACACGGGAGCGGAACAGAGAUAGCGAGGCAGCAGAUGAGAGAGAAAGGGAGGAUCAGGUCAUGGAAGGUUUGAUUGUCGGUUUUGUUCUCUUUUUUUUUUUCAUCGUAAUAAUAUUACACUGUCAGAACGACAGGGUUAUGAAGCACAUCCGUGAUGCAUAAGGACCUCAUUGUCCAUUCGUACAACUUCGGACUGAUAGCGGCUUUAUUAAAUGGCAAGUGUCAUCAAAAUGAGUGAUGACAUUAAUAAAGCCCAAAUCAUGGAGUUUACUCCAAACUCAAAUUGUUUUUUUUUUUUCCCUCAUUCAUCAAACAAGGCACUGACAUUCAUGCUUGGAAGUAUUCCUAAGAUAAUGAAUGCCAAUGUUAGAAAAUUGCACAGCAAAAGUUGAACAAAACUAUUAUUUAUAACAGAUGGUAUUUAUUAAAAAUCUGAUCCGCACACUAUAGGCUGACAUUAUUUACAAGGUCAGAUAUGUUCAUCUCUGCUAUAUUUUCUGUCUUCCAAAGAGAAUAUCAGUUUUGUUUUUUGUUUUUUUCUUUUCACAGCAGGUUUCUCACCCAAAGUAGAUUACCAUCACAGUCGAACACCCAAAACAUUCUGCCUUUCGCUAUUUCACGAACAGUGUUGGAGCUCACAUCAGCGAGUGAUUUAUUUAUUCAUGUAAAUCCUAUUUUAAAUGCCUGACUUCAAAGGUUCUUGUUUACCCUGGUAAAUGAAGAGCCGCUUUUCCUUUUAAGGCAGCCAGUGUUUUUAUUUCUCCCACCAAACUGAAGUGAAGCAGAGUGAAGGAAUUUAAUCUCUGUGAGAAUGCCAACAUUUUGCAAGCCCCGCUGUUGUGAUUCAAUAUUAUAAGGUGGCUUCUGUCUCAUUUCUCUUUUCUUUGUCGCGUAUUACCCAACCCUCACUUUUAAAGGGAAAGGUUUGGAUUAGGGCUGGGCGAUAAAUUGAUUAAAUCGCUUAACUUAUAUUUAUCAUUUAGAUCAAUGCAAAAACAGGCUCAAUCAUAAAAUGGAGAUGUUUGUAUAAGGUAUAACGUUAUAACAGCCACUGAGCGCUCUGUCAAAUGAGCCCCAAUUCACUCAUCUACACAGAACGUGCAUGCCCAAAAAAAAAAAAAAAAAAAAAAUUAUGUGCGGAUUUCCAGUCCUAUGUUCAUGCCCGCAAAGAUUCCCAUCAGUUAGUAGUAAUUGUUAGUGGAAAAACAAGAAAAAAAUUAGAUUAAAAUCGUGAAAAUCGAGAUUUUAUUUUUUGGGCCGUAUCGCUCAGCCCUAGUUUAGAUUGUCGAUAAUAGUUCUGCUCUUGAAUUUGCUAUCGUGACAUACAUUUUGCUCAUAAAUAACUUAUAUAAAUGCAUGUUUACCACAGUUGGGCAAAAGUACAACAUGGAAAUGCCUUUUGCAGGCCUGGAGUUUAGCCAAACACGCCAUUUUGUGUCCACUCAGGGUCAUAGGGGGAAAAAAAAAGCAGUGUCAAUGAAUGAGCCCUGUAGCACAGACAGAGCCGGGGCGUAGGUGAACCUUGUGGAUCUCAUGUUCUCCACUUGCAAGUGCAUGCCAGAGCGACUGUAAGCAUAACCAUGGUCACACAGCAUCAUUUCUCCCCCCCCUCCCCUUUUGCCUCAGCUGUUUCAUCGCUGCCGUGUGGUCUUUUCACAGAGUGUAGGUUUGAUUUUGGCCUGCAAGCCUACAUUUAUUGCUUGAGUCAUUUGAUUGGUGUGGAAAUGAGGUUUUAAUUCAUUUUGACAGUGCUUGCCUGUUGUCACACGCAAGCUGAGGCCAAAAAGCAAACAUCGACCAUGACCAAAUUUAGUGGGCAUUUAUUUCGGGUCAGAUGAUUAACUUGAUUAAUGUAAGAUCGGACAGUAAUGUGCUUGGAAUAGAAUAUUCUCAAAAUGUGAAGUGCUUGUUUCUGCGACGGUGGUUUUGUUCGUCCAGUCUAAUAUAUUGUGUAUCUCUUUUUCUAUCAAGGACUUAUCCCAGCAGCCUUCUUGGGGGAAGGGAGGGGGAGGGCGGUGGUAGUAAAAUAGAGAAAUAAUGUUGUUGUGUAAUUUAAAUACAGCGUGGCGACUCAGCCAAACACAAAGCCUCUGUACUUGAACGGAUCGCAGUAUUUCAGAUGAUGGAGCUGUGGCUUUAGGCAUUUGUAUGAGAUGAUUAUGAGCGAUGUCAAAAUCUAUCCCGCGCCGCUGUGAGUGAAGAUGAGCUAAUAAUAUCCGAGUCAAAGUCAUUUCCAUCCCCCUGCCUGUGCUCGUCGUGUACGUAGAAGCGCAUCGGCUCGUGUCUCCAGCAGCUAAUAUACGUGUUAACUGGAAGCAUGGCACAAACAACACCCCUCAGAGUAAAAUCAGGCUUUCUCAGUGCAAAAAAUGUCAGCGUGUAAGACUUUUAAGGCUCUGACCUGAUUACAUUGGGAAGGAAAAAAUGGCCAAGCUAACCACUAAAAACAGCAUGCAGUGAAUCACUAUGAACGCCUUGGCAUUUGAAUGUAUUGUCUUUUGGGCAAACGUUAAUUUAGUUGUUUUUUUUUGUUUGUUUUUCGGGUCAUUCGGGGCUUCUUGUUUUUUUCCAUCUUUGGUGGUGUUCAAAGGUCUUAACCCAUUUAAAAUUAUGCUUAGGGGAAACUACAGGGGCCUCCUAGUGUACAUAAAACUUUGUGUAGAUUCACCACUAAAACUGCUGUAAAGUACUACAUUUACCAAACAAUUCACAUUUUCUUGUCAGAUAACAAAGGCUGUAAAUGUGCAUGUGAAAUGCCACGUCAGCCGCUGCUAUUCAUUCAAUAUCUCAUUCAUAUUGUUAUAAUUAUUCCUUAUUAUUGAUGGCAAAAUGUAAAUUUAACUCAGUCAUGGAGGAGCUAAGAGAGGCUCCUCCUGUUUCACGCUUACCAGAAAAAUAAAAUGUUAAAUUGUGCAAGAGCGAUAAUAGCAGCAAUACAGACAUUAAUUAAAGUGUGCACCUCUAGAAGGAGGUGAAAACCAUCAGCACUGUGACCUUAAAAUACACUUAAAGUCACUGAAGUCUGUUGCAGUCUUCCAAAAAGCUCCAGUGCGGGAUUUGGCUUUUUUUUUUUUUUUUUUUUUGCACAUGGGCAUAAUGUGCCGGAACAGCACCGAGUUCAGUUUUUCCACUGUGUUUCGGGCCAAAAUAAUUAUGCUAAAUGAUCUACAAACUUUUAUAUUUUCCAUUCCUUGAAAAAAAAAAAAAAAAAAAAAAAAAAAAAAAAAAAAAAAAGCUUCAAGGAAUAAGUGAUUUCACAAAAAAAAAAGGGACAGAGUGAAGCUUUGAAAUCAUGGCACCUUGUCAAGUCCAUUAAAGAUGUAAAUGACAGUCUGACUUUUAUGAGCUAACCUGAGAGGAAUUUGAAUCGACCCUCAGCGUCCUCACCGACUGACUGUCGCUUCACAUUUCACUGUGGGAAUCAAGCGGGAGAUUGAUUAAACACGACCCGGCUUUGAUGCAGCCGUAUCAGACACACCGUGAUUGCUAAAACUUUGUCGAUGCGAGUCACAGCCGAGGUGAGCUGCGGCGGCGUUGUUGUCCCCGGCAACGUUUCCAGGCAUUGUACCUCUUCCUCUCACCAUGUGUCAUUACGUAAUGGCGAUGCGUCGUCUCCAGCCGUUAUUAGCCUGCAUACCACAUGGCUGGCUCCGGUCCAUGAGUACACAUGGUGUGUAGGUGUGAGUGUGUGAGGACAAAGGAGUAUCACUUAGCAACACAGGAACUGCAGCGUGAGCACAGUCUCAAUAUGAUCCUCACACACACACACACACACACACACACACACACACACACAGUGACAGACCUUGAUUUUAAUCAGUUUGCUGUUAUGAUUUUAGUAAAAGAGCUACAAGCUGGUGCUGAGGGAGAGGCAUUAAAGGGAUAGUUCACCCAUUUUGAAAAAUGUGAUAUGUCACUUCCCCUCCAGCUGUUCUGUAGGACAGUCGUGGUGCUGAUCUUCCUCUCAUUGUUACUGAGAGCUGGAUACUGGCUGGAUGCUCCAAAUGCUAACUGUUAGCCUCCUGCCAUUGAGAUAGACUUCCCCCCGGCUAACGUUUUUAAAUAUAACCGCUUUAAUCCACUCAAAGAAAGGUUUAACAUCAAUUUAUAAGUGUCUCUUUCCAAAAUUAAAAUGCAUAUGUAACUAACAAGUGCACACAGAUGGUAGUUGUGCUCAAAAUACUGUUAAAUAAUUAAUUUUUCCCUUUUUAUCAACAUCCAGAAAGCUCUGGUAACUUCUGCACUUACUUUAUGACUCUGCGCCAGGGAAGUAGACGCCUUGAGUUUGCUAUCAUUUGUUUUCAUCAUUGAACACAUGUACACAUGUAAUAACCAAAAAAAAAAAAAAAAAAAA